AUGAAUGCUUGGAAAAUGAUAAAGGCCGCUGGAGACGAGUUCAUGAGUGAUCCGUGCGCUAUGGACCACGUCUGCACUCCAAACGAAGCAGCAGAAGACAAAGCAAAACGGAUAGGAUACGAGAAAGUUAGAGACGUAAAAGACGAUCCUUUGUACGCUGGAAGGGUGCCGAGGCAGGUAUACGAAGAAAUGCUCACUAAAGCGAGUCAGGAGCACGGCAUAUACUUUAUUGUUCCAGAUGACGUCAUCAGCGCUCUUUAUGGAUGGGGAUACGGGAUGAAGCGGCAAGCAAUCUCGAGGCGGCGAGAUGGCAUACUGAAGAAGUUCGUACAAGGCCGCAGCAGAGUUCUCGCCGUAGCUGAAUGGUGGGACACGAUAAAAAGGGGUGAUUUUUUGCCUAGACGUCUCUAUCCGGAGGUCCGAGCUUUGUGGGCGCCACCUGUUCCACAGGACCAGUCGCUUAUGGUGCGUGCAAGGACUUCCUUGAGUACUUGCACGCGACGUGGUUUGAUGGUCCGUUUAAGGAUAUGUGGAAUAAAUGGGAGAAGGUGGAUCUGCGAACCACGAAUAUUGCGGAAGCGUACCACAAAACCACAAUGGAGAAAAACAUCUGAGGAAGCGGGACCGCGAACGGAGAGAAAACAUCGGGGUAGCAUGAGAAGGUUUGGCGAAAUAUAUCGAGCACGAGGCGUCACGAGAAACGAAUUGGAAGAUUAUUGUAGAUAUAUGUCGAGAUAUGUGUCAGGAAAAACUAUUUAA